AGAGUUUGUUUCUGAUUUCAUACUGAGUCACAUCGCCGGUCAGACUGCGUUCAUCGUGGCGGCCUUUUACUAGUCAAAUAUUUCUCAGCAGUUGUAUUCUUUGGUAGCAGACGUGGAUAUUUAUGUUCUCUCCUGAAUAUUGACAAUAAACAAUUAUUGAAAGAUUGAUGAGACAAUACCGAGUUUCAAAUGAAAGUGAACUUCUCUUUCCAUCUUCAUGUAUGAAGUGAGCUUGUUUAUCAGUCAUCUGUCACAUGAAACGAGGAACAAUUAUUGGAAGAUUAAUAGAUAAGCUUUUGAUGUUGCGUAUAGUGUUUGAUCAUCGCCACGUAUACCAGUGUAUACCAUGGAGUCACAAAAAGGACUUAACAGAGCUAGAAAUUUCGACCAACAAGCUAACCUGAGACCUGAUUUCCAAGACGCAUCAUUUAUGGCUCAUCAUAACCUGGCAAAAUCAGCAAGGCGCCCUCAGCCAUCUUUUAUAGUUCAGACCAGUCUUUACGUGUUUGUUGCCAUGGUGAUAAUGGCAUGUGCCCUGAUUCAUCUUUUCAUCUAUCGACGGAGAAGGAAAGCUAAGAAGAAGAAGCAGCACACCUAUGAGAACACAAAUCCGGGGAAAUCAGGCCGAUCUUUUCUGAUCGAUUCAAAGCUUUUCGAGAAGAAAGCUAAGACGACAUCCAAAGUAACCAACCCCGAAGUACACUACAAAGAACCUGCCAAAGCCUUGUGUUACAGUAUUGUAGAUAUCACUGACAAUGUAUCAACCAAGGAACACUUCGCCCAGCAUCUUACACAGUCAACGACAGUGCCGAUGAGGCAACAUUUGAACCAUCUACGGAAGUCUGAACCUGAUUUGAGGAAGUCUGGUGAUUAUUACGAGAGCAUCCAGAUCCCUCCGCAGCAAUCCCAAGACAAUCGGAAAGGAUUUGCCUCGAAUGCAAAGAGCAAGGCCAGCGAAGCCACGGCGAAGUUAAAAAAGUUUGGCGCGAACAAGAAGACAAAGCUACAGAGGACAUUUCAGUCAUUGACGAACCUUUGUGUGACAAAUCUAGACAGUUGUGAGGAUCUUUCAAAGGGGAAGGAUACAUCGAAAUGCGAUUACAAUCGAUUAAUGACGCCCCCAUCACAGUUGGGGCGAUCGGUUGGAAACAUCUAUGACACACUCAGCAGACAAAAUCCUUGGAAACUAGCCUCAAGAGGGCAUGAUAGGUACGAAGAUAUUGAAGUUCAAAUUCUAAAAGACGAAAAACUCUCUACAAAGAACGAGAAGAAGGGUUACCAAUCAAUAUCCAUUCCUAAAUACUGUCCAGAGAAAGGGCAGUAUAAAGAAGGACCGUUUCCACUGACGGGACUAGCUGGAUCGAAAACUCCAAAAUGGCGCUGUAAUCGAUUCUGGAGACAAAGUAAAUCGUCUGAAUACGACCAUGUUGAGUUAAAACUUCCAAUGUGUACCAAAUCUAGUCGUAAGCCAUCGGUGGCACCCAAACGGUUUAGUCCGAUCUAUUUCACCCUGGACCCUUCGUUGAAGCCAUCCUCUAAGAGAACUCACUUUAACAAUAUAUAAGUGAAACGAUACUUUCUCCGCUAUUUAUUAUCAUUCCUCUUUUACUCAACAUAUCAAAAAUGGUUUGAACUUGACUUUAAACUUUUUCUUUUUUCUUAACCACGUUGGUAUUAUGUUUAUCAACGAUUAAUGUGAAUAUUGUUAAGCAAACAACUCCAGACAUCAAAAUCUCGAAAGCCAAACCGUCAACGGUCUUUGGAAUAAUGGUCUACAGAGAAGCUAAAUUGUUGCGGUCUGUCUAACACCAUCAUAAUAUAAUGUUAAUUAUGAUAAUGCAUUUUAAUUACCACUUUGUCUAAAACCAAAACCUUCUUAGGUGUUCAUCUAUCAUGUGUUAAAUUGAUCCAAUAGACACUUCUGAUAUUUGGUUUUGAUCCACGUUGCGUAAUGGCCAUGUGUUCUAUUAGUAGAUUUUCUUAUAAGUGUUGUAGAUCAAGUGGGUAGAAGACAAAAUAAUUACUGCAUUAUUCGAAAGUCAUGCAUAAUGCGAUCGGUGGCAAUAAGACUAGGGGGUGUAAGACAUUAUGAGAUAUGCUUGAUUUAAAAUUGAUUGUAACUUUUUGUACGCCAUAAACUUACAGUUACACUUAAUCAUAAAAUUAGUCGUAUCUUUUAAGUCGAAGGGGUCCAGAUCAAAACAUUGUGCAGUUGUGUGCGGGAAUGACUGAUUGAAUCCGAUGACCGGGGUAGUAAUAUAUCUGUAAAGCGCUUAGACACGUCGUUCCGAUCUAUCGAGCGCUAUAUAAAAGUGGAAUAUAAUUAUUAAAACGUCUAUCAUAAAAUACCUCGUUAAAUAUUGAACAUGCUCAAUGAUGUUUGAUCAUGCUGGCUGGGACAGAACCGGAAUUAGACGAGGACUAAUGGAUUUAGACCAGUCGGUCAUAUAAAUGACUAAUCAUUAUAUAGAAUAUUGGGACAAUGAGAGCCCUUGACAGCCAACAGAUAGGAAAUGUGUUGACUCAUUACUAGUUACCUUGGUCAGGUAAACCGUUACCCUGCCAAAAUAUUUUAUUGUCUUCCUAUUACAUGCCAUUAACAAUAGAUCUUUAUGACGAUCAAAUAUAAUUUCUAUGAUAAAAUAGUUAAAAUUACAUCCACAUGUUCCCUGUCCUAAACCCACAUACCCUACACACACAAGCACAGGCCCGAAUAUCCCCGCUCAUUAGCGUCCAAUAAAAUGAUGUGCAGUAAGUAUAUAUAUAUAUUUUUUUUUGUUUAUUUAUGGAUUUACGUAUUUAUUAUUGAGUUGAUUCGUUUAUUCAUAUAUUUAUUAUUCAUUUAUUUGCUUAUUUAUUAAUGUUUUUUAGGGGAUUACCUAUAUUUUUUACUUUGGAAGAGGGUGCUUACUUAUCAAUUAUUGAACAAUUUGUCUUCAUGCAUCCAAUACAGAUUUUUUUCAAACUUGGCAUAUAAAGCCAUUACAGACCAAGCAUAUAACAUUACUUUGGAGAAAGCCGGGACGUGGAAUUAAAGGCAAACCCUCUGCGUUGCCUUAAUUUCCAAUAUGAAAAGCUCAUUGCCCCCACAAAUCGUCCGUGUUUUAUUUCUAAAUUAUAAUUUACAAACACAACUUAAAAUUGCGAUGUCAAACAACAAACUGGGAGUGACACUAUCUACAAGUGACAAUCUAGAAACAAACGUGAUCUGUAUUCUAUAUAGAAACGUCAAUAUGAAGAGAUGAGAUUAAGGUAUAUAGGGUGUCUUUUUAAGGUAAGGUGAGCGCUGAUCUCCAUAGCACGGCGUCUCCGGUACAGACAUACUGAACGGACAUGGACCCCGGGUUCAAUGGCUUCAAAAACUUUCACUUAUAAAGAACCUUCUAGAGUCUGGAGAGUGUAUUUGGGACUCGAGGUUGCCAUAGUAAUAGGACAUUGUAAUCUUGUCACUUCGUGUUCAUAUUUAAUCAGCACAAGUUUUUUUUUCCGUGUAAUAUAUAUCAUGAUAACAACGGAUUUUAAAUUGCUGUAGCAAAAAUGAGAGUCUAAUAAUGAUUCUUGCUUUUAUCUCAGGAUGAAAAACUAACAUUUCAAAAAGAAAUGCAAACUUGUCAAUAGAUUUAAUUUAACAUACAUGAAUGAAUAGAACGUGUUUUUUUUUUAUUUGCGUGAAUAAUCUUUGAAGGAAAUUAUUAUUGUCAAGGUCAAUGUUAUCAUGAUAAUAUUACCACCAUGACUGCAUAAUAUAUGCGGCUCAUAAGAUAUGAAAUGUAAUGUAAUUACAUACAAACGGAAAUUCAACUAUUGCUGGGCAAAAUAUAUGGAAAGAAAUGUUAUUCUUAUGAAAAUAAUUUUGAUAUUUAAGGUAAGUAUAGUUCAAUGAUGUCUUAUAUAAUUUAAGGCGGAAGGACGAGAAAAGACGCACUGGUUGUGGAUUUGAACAAAAUAAUUGUAUUUUUUGUUUAACAUGAAAAGUACUUUAAAAAUACACUUAUUCUAUAUGAUCAUGAUGAUGUAUCAACGCAUGCAAGAACGUAAAAGACAUCAACAAACUAUAGUCUUGAUGAACAACUUACUAGGAGCAUGUGACUUGAUCUUGAUGUUGAGAAUUAUUAUCCUAUCCAAAUAUUGUUGAAUACUAUACAUUGUAUCAUUAUUGUGUGAAUAAACAUUACAAGAACAAACAAA